AUGUCCACGCCCUCUGGACUCAGGAACGUCGCUUAUUUCGUGAACUGGGGAAUCUAUGGACGCAAUUACCAUCCGCAAGAUCUCCCAGCCGAUGAGCUGACCCAUGUCCUCUACGCUUUCGCAAAUGUCCGAGCAGAUUCUGGCGAGGUCUACUUGACAGAUACCUGGUCAGACACAGACAAGCACUAUGAGCACGACUCAUGGAACGACGUAGGAACCAACGUCUACGGCUGUGUUAAACAGCUGUUCCUGCAGAAAAAGAAGCACCGCCAGAUGAAAGUGCUGCUCUCAAUUGGAGGCUGGACAUAUUCCUCCAACUUCGCCCAGCCAGCAUCCACACCUCAGGGUCGGGCAAGGUUCGCAAACAGCGCAGUGGAUAUCAUGAUGAACCUUGGCUUUGAUGGCCUUGACAUCGACUGGGAAUAUCCGCAAAACGACGCCCAAGCCAACGACCUAGUCCUUCUGCUAGCAGAAAUCCGCAAAGCCCUCGACGCCUACGCAACCGAGCACACUCCCGGGGUCCACUACCUGCUAACCGUCGCCUCCCCCGCCGGGCCGCAGAACUACAAUAAAUUACAUCUCGCCGAAAUGGACGCAUACCUCGACUUCUGGAAUCUGAUGGCGUACGACUACGCCGGCUCCUGGGACGCGACUGCGGGACACCAAGCAAACUGGUCCCCCGACGCGACGAACCGCUCCUGCACACCGUUCAGCACCGCGCUCGCACUGCACGACUACACAUCCGCGGGCGUCGCGGCGCACAAGAUCGUCGUCGGCGUGCCGCUGUACGGCCGCAGUUUCGCCAACACCGCUGGCCCGGGUACGCCGUACUCGGGGCUGGGCGAGGGCAGCUGGGAACAGGGCGUGUAUGAUUACAAGGCACUUCCUGCGGACGGCGGGGGCGUGUUUCAUGAUCAAACGGUCGGCGCGAGCUGGAGCUAUGACGAGGAGAGGAGAUUGAUGGUCAGCUAUGAUACGCCGGCGAUGGUGCGGGUCAAAGCCAAUCAUAUAAGGGAGAAGGGGUUGGGUGGCGCGAUGUACUGGGAGAGCAGCGGGGACCGCAAAGGCGAGGGGAGUUUGAUCAGCACGUUUGUGCAAGGCGUUGGGGGGGUUGCGGCGCUGGAUCAGAGUCACAAUGUGCUGCACUACCCGGCGAGCAAGUAUGAUAAUCUGCGCGCGGGGUUUCCGGACGAAUGA